GCAAAGCAGAGGAAAGGCAGGAGAGACGCAAGCCACCAUAGCUACUUUUCCUCCCCUUUAAGACUGCCUGGUUACGGUCCUGGGAAAGAAAACCCCUGCAUUCCUCCCCUUUAAUUCGGUUUAUUGUUAAAGCGCUGGAGCAGCUAAUCCUCACAGACCUGUAGGAGCUGGAGUAGCAGCACCGGGAGCACCAUUCCUUCCGAGUCUUCAGAACCUAGAUUACAGGAGUCAGGGGAGAAGGGGGAGGACUUCAACGGAAAGAAGCAGGACGCGGAAACAAUGUGGGCUGCCCCUCUAGGAGCCCAAGCAUCCCCGAAAGCUUCAACUCUGGAGGCGAUGGGUCGAAAGGAAGAAGACUCCAGCUCCUGGAAGAAACAGACCACCAACAUCCGGAAAACCUUCAUCUUCAUGGAAGUGCUGGGAUCAGGAGCUUUUUCAGAAGUUUUCCUGGUGAAGCAAAGGAUGACUGGGAAGCUCUUUGCCCUGAAGUGCAUCAAGAAGUCACCUGCCUUCCGGGACAGCAGCCUGGAGAAUGAGAUUGCCGUGCUGAAAAAGAUCAAGCAUGAAAACAUCGUGACCCUGGAGGACAUCUAUGAGAGCACCACUCACUACUACCUGGUCAUGCAGCUUGUUUCUGGCGGGGAACUCUUUGACCGGAUCCUGGAGCGGGGUGUCUACACCGAGAAGGAUGCCAGCCUGGUGAUCCAGCAGGUCUUGUCAGCAGUGAAAUACCUCCACGAGAAUGGCAUCGUCCACAGAGACUUGAAGCCUGAAAACCUGCUGUACCUAACCCCUGAAGAGAAUUCUAAGAUCAUGAUCACAGACUUUGGUCUGUCCAAGAUGGAACAGAGUGGAGUCAUGUCCACUGCCUGUGGGACCCCGGGCUAUGUGGCUCCGGAAGUGUUGGCACAGAAGCCCUACAGCAAGGCUGUGGAUUGCUGGUCUAUUGGCGUCAUCACUUACAUAUUGUUGUGCGGGUAUCCCCCCUUCUAUGAAGAAACUGAGUCUAAGCUUUUCGAGAAGAUCAAGGAGGGCUACUAUGAAUUUGAAUCUCCAUUCUGGGAUGACAUUUCUGAGUCAGCCAAGGAUUUUAUUUGCCACUUGCUGGAGAAGGACCCGAAUGAACGGUACACCUGUGAGAAGGCUUUGAGGCACCCCUGGAUCAAUGGAAACACAGCCCUCCACCGGGACAUCUACCCAUCAGUCAGUCUCCAGAUCCAGAAGAACUUCGCCAAGAGCAAGUGGAGGCAAGCCUUCAAUGCAGCAGCUGUGGUGCAUCACAUGAGGAAGCUGCACAUGAACUUGCACAGCCCAGGCAUCCACCCAGAGGUGGAGAACAGGCCUCCCGUCACUCAGGCCUCAGAAGCCUCCAGACCCAGCUCCUCUGAGCUCACCAUCACCGAGGCACCUGCCCUGGACCAGAGUGGCGCACUUCCUGCCCUGCCCCGGCUGCCCUGCCAGCACCGCCCCCGGACCGCUGCGCCCGGUGGCAGGUCCCUCAACUGCCUGGUCAAUGGCUCGCUCCGCAUCAGCAGCAGCCUGGUGCCCAUGCAGCAGGGGCCCCUGGCCGCUGGGCCCUGUGGCUGCUGUUCUAGUUGCCUGAGCAUCGGGAGUAAAGAGAAGUCCUCUUACUGCUCCGAACCCACACUCCUCAAAAAAGCUAACAGAAAACAGAACUACAAAUCAGAGGUCAUGGUGCCGGUUAAAGCCAGCGGCAGUUCCCACUGCCGGGCGGGGCAGACUGGAGUCUGUCUCAUCAUGUGAUCCCCGGAGUCCACGCCUGUGUCAAUUUUCAGGAGAGUUGUCAUCUCUUCUCUACCCUUCCAAACCCGGCAUCCACCCUGCAGCAGGGAGGAAGGCGGAGCAAGUGGAGCAGGGCCUGGCAGGAGUGGUUUAGGGUCGGAAGCAGCACGCUGCCGCCCGGGGCAGACCCUCACGGAAGGCCCAGCGGUGAGCCCCGAGGCGCGGAGGCCUCGUUGAAGCCGUGGGCAGGAGGGCGGCAUCCACCCGUUUCCAGGUCUCCCUGACCUGCCUGCUCUGCGCCCCCACACCCUGCGUGCCGUGGCUCCGUGCAGUGUACUAGGUAGCUCUUGCCCGGGUCUGUGUUGUUUGUGAUGAAAAGCUUAAUGGGCUGGCCAGGCUGUGUCACCUUCUCCAAGCAAAGCCAUAUGGAGCAUCGACCCAGACUCCCGCUCAGCACACACUCGCUCCUGCCUGCCAGGCCUUCGUCCUCACGGCCAGAAUGGGCUCAUUAAUGUAGUCGCUUGCCCAUCAUCUGCAUGAAUGACAGUCAGCUCUGUGGGCCACCCGUGAGCUCUCAAGUUCCCAUCCUUGGCUUUAGGAUUAGCUCCAACCGGGCUGAGACGCGGCCAGCCUGCCCCCGGCUCACUUCUGAACCACCUCCCUCCCUGCCCCAGGCCCAAAGCAGCCCCACAGCCUCCAAGAUGAAAAAGAAAGAAAUCAAUGAUUAGGUACUGCGAGGAAUCCUUAUCCUGACCGAGACGCCCCACCCACACCCAAUGAAGUACAAAUUGCAAGUUGACGGUUUUCAUUUCAGAUGGUUAAUUCUCAUCCUGCUUCUGCUCUUCUUUCUCUCCCUGGAAAUCGGGGACCUUAUUCUUGUCCCUCCCUAGUUUUCUUGUACCCCGUCCCCUCCAGCUUCAUGCUCGGUGUUGUGCUCAAUAAAACGGACAUAUUUUUCUCUA